AUGUCUCAAGAAAAUCAUUUUCCAGCAACUUUUCAAAGUGAUCGUUCGUGGAAUAUAAUAGAUGAAGAUGAUGGCAAAUAUCGUUAUUAUGCUUCUUUUAAUUCCGAAAAAUCGUGGACAUUUUUAGGAUCUCAAGAUGCUGAUGCAUUUGGUUCUGUAAGCACUUACGGUUAUGGAACAACACAAACCACCGAUAUUGAAAAUAAUUCACGUAUUCAUGAUUAUGUUCAAGAACAACAACAACUACCAAUUUCAUCAUUUCCUGAACCUGAAUUUAAACCAUCACUUAGUGAACAAAAUGAGAAUGUAUUUAGUCAACUUAGUACUGCUGAAUUUUUGGAAGAUACAUUUAAAUUUGAAAGAAAAAGAAAUGAAGAUUUUUGA